AUGGAUAACGAAGUACUGCCAAGCGGUCUGAAAUCAAUUCACUUUGGUGGGUUGGUAAGGACUCGUUUGAAUCCCAAUAUACUACCACAAACGGUUGAGAGUAUCAAUUUCUCCUAUUUAUUCAGAUCAUCGAUAUAUCCAGGCGAUCUUCCAGAGAAUUUACUAGAGUUGAAGCUGCACAAUACCUACAAGAGGGAUUUGGGAUGUGAUGUCUUGCCGAAAUCAUUGCAAUCAUUGGAAGCUCCAUAUCAUCCAGGAACUAUUAUUCCAGCUGGUUGUCAACCAUCUUACUCUAGAUUGCUAUCAGAUCAAUGUAUUUCCACCGAAUCUAACAUACCUUUGUCUCACGCUAAUGGCUGGCUUGCUGAAUAUCGAUUCACUGCCAAAGACUAUUGUCGAACUGGAAAUCAACACAAAGGUCAUCGUACAAUGGAAGGCGCACCACUUACCGAACCUGACACAUCUCACAGUGAAUUCCGUCCACAAAGAUACAGUGUUUCCGAAAUCGGUAACACAUCUAACGUUUAA